UCGGAGCCCCUGCAAGGCCAGCUGAGAGCGAAGCAGGAAAUGCCCAGCUCUGCCAGGUUUCCCUGCUGUCUCUCUGGCUUUAAAAGGCUACUUAUCCCUCCCAGGAGGAGACGGGGGCUGCUACGGAGCGCUUGGGAAAGCCCUUUCCCCUCCAAACCCUCCAGCCUGGUAGGUGCCGGCAGGAGAGGCCAGGCAGCAGCCGGGCAGCAGCCUCCUGCGGGGUGCCCAGCACAGGCACCGCUCGUCUGCGGUGUCUGAUCUGCCCUGCCAGGGCUGCGGACAGGACCCCCCUGCAGAGGAGCGUCCUCAUCCUGCUCUGCGCGGUGCUCCGGCUGCUGCCGCUGCCGCCUGCUGCCUCCUGGCGUGUCUAGACUCAGGUCUGGGCUGAGGUUGAAACAGGCUCCCUGACUCGUUCCUGGCUGUGAAUAAAAGCCUGGUAACUGGUUUUGGGGGACCACAGUCUGCUGAAUUUGGGGGCAGCUGCCUGCCUAGGGCUCCCCUGGGUUCAGCAGACGUCGCUGUGGCGUGACAAACAGCUUGGCCAAGGGAACACAGCCCACAGUAACCAUCUUCAGUCCAAUUUCACUGAGGGGUAGAGCUCUCAGAAAUAUUAAGUUGCUGGAAAACAGGCUCCCUUCCUUACUGACUUUGGCACAGCCCUUAGACAGUUCCCACAGAGGAUCUGGGUCCUGGUGUCCGGGCUGUACUAGGUGCUGUACAGACACAGAUCUCCAGCUCACUAGUUUGCCAUCACCUUUACCUAUAUUGCAGCUGAGGAAACGGAGGCACAGGGCAGUAACGUGAUUUACCUGGAAGCGUGCAGUUCUCGGUCAGCACGUGGCAUUUCUGCAGUUCGGCUCCAGCUAGCUGUGACCAACAUGGAUGUUGUGGGCCCUCCUCAAUGGCUAAAGACGUCCUAAGCAGCCACCCACCAGAUCUGACUCUCCUUGGCCCCACUGAGAUAUAGAAAGGCUCAGCCUUCUUACAACCCCCUCCCCCUUUUUUGGUCCUUUCUUUCCACCGCUGCUCUCUUUUCUCCUCCCCUCGAAGAAAAUCCUGGGCACAGAGGGCCCCUGGGCCAGGAUCCCCUUCCUUUAUGUCUUGCUAAGACUUAAGUAUGGGCUGUGGCUGUGCCUCCAUAAAAUAAUGCUCAGUGUUUCCUUGUGUCCUGAAGAUUUUGUAAGGCCAAAAAAAAAAAUACCCACAAACAAAAAAAACCCUCCAAAACGAGCAGUAAGCUGCAGUCAAGGAUGUGGAGAGGUUAAGUGCUGCCCCAGGCAGGGGCUGCAGGAUACCUGCGCCCCUGAGCUUUGGGGUGCAGGAAGAGUGAGCAGGGAUGGACGGAGGGAUGAGAGAAGGAAAGGAAAAGUCACCACCCUGCGGUGAGAUCUCUGCGGAGCCCCGCAGGGCUGCAGCGACCGCGGGUCUCCCCGGAGCCGGGCCGGCAGGAUGCUGAGCUGGCGGCUGGGGUGGUGUCGCGGCCCGCAGGGUGCAGAUGGUCUGGGGAUGGUACAAGAUAAAGCCUAGGAUAGGUGCAAUGAGAAAUUCAGGCUCCCUGUGGCGUAGGAGUAAUACAGCAACACAUAAUUCAUGCCUUGCUUCCAAAGAUCUUUGUGAAAUCAAUCACAUCCUGCUCCAGGGACACCAAGACCUGCACCAGACAAGUGGCAAAGCCAGGGCACAAGCUCGGGCCAGUGCUCUGACCAGCACAAAACCCCAUUUUCCUCUGCUUAGAGGUAAGGACUGACUUGCACAAGGAGUUUUGUUGUCUCAGGCUGUUGCCACCCCCAAUGCAACAACCCACCAAAACUGAACCUCAAGCUUACAGCCAUUGAGAGACAGCUACAAAUAUCAAAAAAAUCCCCCCAAAAUGUUGGAUUCUGACAAAUGCUCAUUCCUCCAUGUAAAACCACAUGCCAAAGCCAUGAUAAAGGAACACAUUCCUCAGCAGGUCCAAGCAUGGCCAUUGUUGCUAACAUGCACCAGCUCUUAUUUCCAGGAGUAAUUAAGGAAGCAACACAGCAAUUAUUGCCUUGUCUACCCAUAGUUGUCAUACCGAUAUGACUAGGCAUGUAUAUAACCCUGGGAAGGAGGAGAAAUAAGCAUCCAGCAUGGGCUCUGUAGCAAGAUAUUUCCCAUGCUGAAUUGCCGAUCUCAGCUAUGCACAAAUAUUGCACCUCAGCCCUUUCUGCCACCAUGUGGCUGUCAGUGAUUCUGUGAGGCUGCUCUCCAGUCAUUGCAAGGCAGCUUUUCAAGGGCAGAUUUUUCCCCAAACUGUGCCUUUGUCACUGGUUUUUCUAAAAAGCUCAGACCCCAAGGAGACCCGGGGGUUUGCACAGUUCAUGCACUGAAAGUUUAAACUCCGGGAGCUCUGGCAAGGGAUUUGGAAAAGGAAAGGAGAAUAUUCCUGGGAAAUUCCAGCCUGGUGGGUCCUGCUGCAAUAACCUUGCAAGCUCUGGGUAGGGAAAUGAAUGAGAGAAUGAAUGAAUGAAGGAAGGAAUCUUUCCAUCAGGGAAUGACAGUUGGCGGUGCUGCCUGGAGCCGCCAGAGCAGGAGAGCUGGUUGCAAUGACACACAGCUGCUCUCAGUCAGCAGUGUCCGCUGCUGCCUGGAGAUCCGCCCUCGGGGCCGCCCAGGAGCCCUAAUAGGCUCAGCAGGAAGCACAGCACUGGGGUUUGAUGUUGUUUAGGAGACGGGGCCCUCCCCCGGCUCAGGUGAGAGGAAGGAAGAGGCAGGUAAAGAGGAGGAGCUGGGGGCAAGGCAUUACUGCGCGUAGAAGGUGGCUCCUGGGACUUUUGGACCGUGUUUGCUCCGGAGUUGGAGGCGUGCUGAGGUUAAGCAGCUGCCUGGGUAGCGGGGAUGGGUCUCUGGCAGCCCGUGAUGUGGAAUGCCUGGGGAGGUGGCUGUGCAGGCUGGAAAUGGUGUUUUUAUUUUCUGUGGUGUGAUGAAGCCUGUGAAUGGCUGCCUCUGCACUGCCUACCUGAAGUGGCCCAGGAGAAGGAGACCUGAGUUGCUACUGCUGUUCCAGGAGCAGAGCAGGCAGGUGGCCUGUUAGCAAGGUGUCUGGUUUAUUCUGAGGGCCUUUUUGGCUGGAGAAUUUGCCUGUGAGCCUGAGAGCUGUGUUACCCCCAUGGGGCAGGAUGGUCCCUUUGCCUCUGCAAGGGCUGAGUGGCAGAGAGCUGUGACUCUCCUCACCUUGGGGUGAGCAGUGGGGGAGGUCCCUCUUCUCCUGGGGGUUUAUUUGUUGAGUUUGGCUUGGUGUCUAUAGGUUGGCUUGAAAACUCCUUUCUCCUGCCUUGUCUGCCUGUUAAUUUCUUUCCAAAGUGUAACUAAUUCCUCAUCUCUGCGAUGAAUCUGUUCCAUCUGCGGCUGGGAUUAAGACAAUGAGGGAAAAGUCCAAGUCUUCCUUCCUCUCUCUUCCCUUUCUUCUUUCAGCUUUCCUAGGUGAAGCCUGCGGAGAGUUAAACUUACUGAGCUGGAAACUGUGCUGGAUUCCUGCUCCCAGUGUCCUGAGCUCUGAGAGCCAGUUUGACCCCAAACGUGGGCUCCCUCGCUGCAGCUUGCUGCAUGUGAGAUGGGUGCUGGGCUAGGCAUGUGCAGCAUCUCAGCAAGGCCCACCUGAGCUUUUGGGGCUCUUGUGCAUGCUGCUGGUGUCCUCCCCGCUUUGACAUUGGGGUGCUGCAGCAGUGGCCAGCUUGUGGGGGGAGGGCAUGUGUGGAGUCUGCAACAACACUGGGUUUGCAGGGGGUGCUCUGAUUUUGGGUGUGUGCUGUGGUGGGGGUCCCAUGGUACUUGGGGGGUAUCCCCAUUCCCCUUGGCCACAGGCACAGUGAUUUUUUCCAGGACUCUGGCCUGGCUUUUGCCCCUGCCCUGUGUCAUGUCCUGAACCUGCCUUGGCUCAUACCUGGGAUUUCAGGAGCACAUUUGGGGAGACCCUGUGGUGAAGGAGCUGCCUAAGCAGUGGGGCAGGUCCCAGCAAUCUGCAGCGUGCUUCCCUGGGGUGCUGUGGUGAGCCCCCACAAAUGUGUCCCUCAGCAUGGGGCUGCUUUAGGGGGAAGGUCACUCCUAGUGUCCCCUUGACUCUGGCUCAUGCGUGUUUAUCUCCCUAGGGGUUUCCCUGCAUGCUCUUCAGAUCUGUCCCGGUGCAUAUCCUGGGCUAAUCCUACCCGGGAGCUUGUCAGUGCCCCCUCUGGAGCAGUGGGGCUGGCCCUCGGCACUCGCUCACUCUCCCCCAAAAUGCCUCCCCCCGGGGCACGGGGAGGGUGCGUCCCGCGUGCCUGCUGGGCGCAGGCUUUGCUGUGCCGCGGGAGGGUGGCGGGCGUGUGGGCCCCUGCCCGGUGGCAGUGGUGCUGCUGGGGAAAGCCAGGCUCAGCAGGACAGCGCGGCGGGAGCCUCAUCCCAUGACACUGGCUCUGCGCAGCGCUGACGGAGGCACUGAAGCUUCUGGAGCUGGCUGGCGCUGCUGGCUGGCCCCCGUACAGGGAUUUUGGCUCGUUCUCCACCGUCGCUGUACGGGAGAGGAGCAGAGGGAACAUGGAGCUGGACCCAGGGCUCCUGGUGAAGAUCCGCCUCGUGGAGGGACUCGAGGGAUGCCAGGGAAUGGGAAGGACGUGAGCUUGUGUGGAACGGACCGGAGGGGCCCGGUGCCUGCUGGGGCAGAGAGGUCCUCCCGCGGAGUCUGUCUAUCCUUGUCGCUCUGGGGGCAAGUAUGAUGGUGUAGCCUGAUGGCAAAGGCAUCUCUUCUCAAAGCCAGAUAUGAUGGUUAGUGCUCUGGCUUCCAUUCCAUUCUCCGGUGCUCACCAACUCGCUGGCUGGUCUCUUUUAAGUCCCUUCAUAUCUUUGCCUCAGUUUCCCUAAAGGCUUACCUGUCUCCAUGAUGGGGCUGUGUUUGCAGAUGUGAAAUGAGUCUCAAACAAUGAACUAUGUGGGGCAGCUUGCUGAGACGGUCUUCGUCACUGUGAAGGAGCUGUACAGGGGUCUGAACCCAGCCACCCUGACAGGCUGCAUUGAUGUCAUCGUGGUGAGACAGCCGGAUAACUCUUUUCAGUGCUCGCCUUUUCACGUGCGCUUCGGGAAGUUGGGUGUGUUGCGCUCGAAGGAGAAAGUGGUUGACAUUGAAAUCAAUGGGGAGCCUGUGGACCUGCACAUGAAGCUUGGUGAUAAUGGAGAGGCCUUCUUUGUCCAGGAGUCAGAGGAGAAUGAGGGAAACAUUCCCUCCCGUCUCUGCACAUCCCCCAUCCCCAUGGAGGAGAGCCCAGAGGACAUAGCUCAGCCCUCUCAGGGGCUGGAGGCCUUGAGCUCUGAAGUGACCCUGCGUAAAAGGAGGCGACGCAAGAAGAAGCCCAAGCGGAAGGAGGUGGCAGAGUCCAAUUUGGAAGGCUGCAAGGACACUGAAAGUGAAAUGUCUCUGGAAGAGAAAUAUAGGCUGCCAGCUCCCAGUGAUUCAGUAUAUUUCUCCCUCACUGAUGUCUCCAAAGAAGAAGCAGGUUCCCUGCAGUCUCAGGAGAUCUACCCUUAUUCUGAUGGAGAGCUGGCCUCUGUGGACAGCCUCACCCUGAGCAAUCCAUCUUCUCCCAAAAGUGAUUCUGAGUUGGAGAUCAGACCUCAGGAGAGUUUUGCUCUAGGGGCUGAAUCCCAUAUGCAGUGGGCCUGGGGAAGGCUUCCUCAGGUGAAUAAAUUGGAGCGAGUUGAAUCAGCCAAGUCCAUGAAGACCACUGCUACCACAGCAACUGUUGUGUCAGCAACAACAGCCCCAGUGGUUGGAACAACCCCCAUUGUUGCCAUCUCUGAAGGUGUGGGAAGUGGUCCAAGCCCAGUGGGACUGCAGGAUGCACCUUGUUCCUCUGCUGCAUCUGUUGUUGAGCCUGCACCCCAGAAAGGGAAGAGCCCCCUGAGACUGAAGGACAUUUCCAGCAUUGCGGGGGCUGAGGGCUUGUCAGAGCCUUCCUCAGACCUGCAAGAGGAGCAGGAAGCAGAGAAACAGGAGGAAGGAGAGAGCAUUGUGCCAGAGGCUCAGCUAGACUCAAAGCCCUUGGCUGUUGAGGAAGCCACUGGCCUGAGGCAGGCAGGCUUGGAGAGCUCAGAGUCCUACCUGGAAAGCCAGAAAAGACAAGGAUCCAUCAAAAGAAGUCCUCACCUGGGUCCCAGUGAUGUUUACCUGGAAGACCUCCCCAGACUGGAUGAAGAGCAGGUGGCUCUUUAUUUCCCCAGGAGUAGUGACACCGAGCAGAAUUCAAAGCCUGUGGCUGAUCCCAGAGGCCCUCUGAGUGUCCAGCUGCCAUCUGACUCACUUGCUGAGAACUCUAUGGACUCUGACUCAGAUUUGAUGCCCGCAAUUGCACUGUCACUGUGUGGAGGCCUUGGGGGCAGCAGGCAGAUCUCUCAUGAGAAGUUCAUGGAGCACAUCAUCUCCUACCAGGAGUUUGCUGAGAAUCCAGGAAUCCUUGAUGAUCCAAACCUGGUGAUACUGCUCAACAAGAAGUAUUACAACUGGGCAGUGGCAGCUCCCAUGGUCCUCUCCCUGCAGGCCUUCCAGAGAAACAUUCCUGAGAGCACCAUUGACAGACUAGUGAAGGAGAAGAUGCCAAAGAAAGGCAGCAGGUGGUGGUUCUCCUGGAGGAGGCGAGAAUUCCCUCCAGAGGAGCCACAGCCAAGGCUGGGGAAGGCCAAUGCAGAGACGCUGCAGCCAGACUCCCCUCAGCAGAGGCAGGAGGAGGAGGAGGCAUCGUCCAGUGACGGCGAGCCCCUGGAUUCUGGGGGCCCUUUAACAAAGGAUACCUCAGCACAGAAAUCUCUGCCAACCUACAAGAAAUCUCUGCGGCUUUCCUCCAAACAAAUUGAGAAGUUGAAUCUGCAGGAAGGCCCCAACGAGGUGGCGUUCAGUGUGACGACUCAGUACCAGGGCACAUGCCGCUGUGAGGCCACCAUCUAUCUGUGGAACUGGGAUGACAAGGUGGUCAUCUCGGACAUUGAUGGCACCAUCACCAAGUCAGAUGCUCUAGGGCACAUCUUGCCACAUCUGGGAAAAGACUGGACUCAUCAUGGAAUUGCUAAGCUCUUCCACAAAAUCCACCUCAAUGGCUACAAGUUCCUCUAUUGCUCAGCAAGAGCGAUCGGCAUGGCGCACAUCACCAAAGGCUACUUGAAAUGGGUCAAUGAGCAAGGCUGUGCCCUCCCCAAGGGCCCCAUCCUGCUUGCCCCCAGCAGCCUCUUCUCUGCCUUCCACAGGGAAGUGAUUGAGAAGAAACCAGAGGUGUUCAAGAUUGCCUGCUUGAUGGACAUCCGAAACCUGUUUGCCACAAAGCAGCCCUUCUUUGCAGCCUUUGGGAACAGAGUCAAUGACGUGUAUGCUUACAAGCAGGUGGGACUGCCAGAGUGUCGCAUAUUCACUGUCAACCCUAAGGGAGAGCUGAUCCAGGAGCUCAUAAGGAACCACAAGUCAACGUACGAGCGAUUGUCAGAGCUGGUGGAGCUGAUCUUCCCUCCUCUAGGGCAGAAUGGGAGCACUGCUCUGGUGUGUCCAGAGUACAGCCACUUUGCCUACUGGAGACCUCCACUGCCUGUCAUUGACUUGGAAGACUUCUCCUGAUCCUACUGUCCAUGGAGACCAGGCUGAAGACUCUCCUGUGAGGAUGAGGAUCUGCCAGGACUGGAUGCAACAGAUCCAUCUCCUCCCCCUGCGUGCUGCUCAGGCACAUUGCACUUUAGAUACGGGUCAUAUUCUGCACUCAAAGUACCCCUUCCCAAAGGGCAAAAUGGGUGUAAGGGAGCUCAGACUUUAGAAAAAUUCAUUUACUAAAUUGAAACUUCCUAUAAGCCAGGUGUGCUCUUAAUAUUUAAAGUAUGUCUGUAUUUUAAAUGUGAUAGAUCACUGUUUCAUUUAUUGAUAAGCCUCUGGCAUAGCUAUUGCUACCUCUGGUUUGACUGAUGUUCCCAGAGAGUCCAGCUACCUAGUUUGGUAACUGAUGGAAUGAAAGUGUCAUGUGGCUUUACAACUUGUAAAGAUAGCUGGAAGGGGCCAGGGUUUGAGUGUUCUUCACUAAUAGCAUUAAUAAA